AUGGAUGCGUGGGCCAUUGUUGAAUAUGGGAAGCCUAUUCAGAAAGUGCGAAUUGCACUGCCGGAGCCAAAAGACUCGGAGGUACUGAUCAAGGUCACGCAUUCUGGUAUUUGCCACUCUGAUCUCCAUAUAUGGGAAGGAUUUUAUAAUCUGGGAGGUGGCAAAAAGAUGCAGAUGUCAGACCGAGGGGUAACACUACCUCAUGCAAUGGGUCAUGAGGUGAUUGGCACUGUUGCACGACUAGGACCUGAUGUGAAUGACUUAGGGAUAGGUGAUCGCCGAAUUAUAUUCCCAUGGAUCGGUUGUGGCCUUUGCUCGACAUGCCUCAAAGGUCAUGAGAACCUAUGUGACAAACCCCAGAGCAUAGGUAUCUUUCAAAAUGGUGGUAUGGCGACCCACGUUCUGGUCAAAAACCCAAAGUAUUUGGUGGACCCUGGGAAUGUUGCCCCAGAGAUGGCCUGUACAUUCGCUUGCUCUGGGACAACGGUGAUGAGUGCUAUACAGAAGUUGUUCCCAUGGUCGUUGGAGCGACCGGUUCUGGUGAUUGGUGCAGGUGGCCUCGGUCUCACAGCCGUUUCUAUACUCAAAGCCAUUGGGCAUCGGGUCAUCCUUAGCACGGAUCUCAACUCUUCCAACCGUCAGGCAGCACUCAAAGCAGGGGCUACUGGGACAGUUGACGCAAAAGCGGUUGAUGCUCGUGAGCAAAUACUUACUAUAUCUGGAGAACCAAUACUCGCAGUGCUCGACUGUGUCGGCAAUUCCGAGACUGCGGAAUUGGGCCUUGCCGUAUUGGCAAAAGGUGGUAAGAUGGUAGUUAUUGGAUUAAUUGGAGGAGAGCUCAAACUAUCACUGGUAGCUUUUGUUGCAAGAGCUGCAACCUUGCUGGGCAAUACUACAGGGACUAUCCAACACCUCCAGGAAGUCACGCGUCUUGCUAACGAGGGUCUUUUUGUGCCAAUACCCGUGACAACCAUACCACGGAGUAAAGCUCCAGAGGCCUUGGAGUUGCUGAAAACGGGACAAGUGACUGGUCGGUUAGUGUUGGUCUAA